GGACCGACUGACCGACUCCCUGCGGGCAGCGCUGCGGCGGGGGCGCGGACGCUGGGCGUCCGGGGCCAGCCCCGGCCCUCCCCAUCCCGUUGCGCCCCACCCCGUCCCGUCGGGGCCGAUGGCUCCACCCGAAGCUCGCAACCCGGGGGGCGCAGGGUAGAGCCCCCUCGGCCAGGCUACGCAACCCCGGGGACUCCCGGGCCCUCCCGGAGUCCCCCGCGGAGUCCCCGCCGUCCGUCCGGCGGGCUAAGGGAGCGAGUGGGAGCGCCCUCCCCCCGCCGCCCCUUCCCCAGCUCGCGUCGAGACAAGAUGCUGCCCGGGCUCAGGCGCCUGCUGCAAGGUCCUGCCUCGGCUUGCCUGCUGGUGCUGCUCCUGGCGCUGCGCCCCGCGGCCCCCAGCUGCCCCAUGCUCUGCACCUGCUACUCCUCCCCGCCCACCGUGAGCUGCCAGGCGAAUAACUUCUCCUCCGUGCCGCUGUCCUUGCCACCCAGCACUCAGCGUCUCUUCUUACAGAACAACCUCAUCCGCACACUACGGCCAGGCACCUUCGGACCCAACCUGCUCACCCUGUGGCUCUUCUCCAACAACCUCUCCACCAUCUAUCCGGGCACUUUCCGCCACCUGCAGGCCCUGGAGGAGCUGGACCUUGGUGACAACCGGCACCUGCGCUCCCUGGAGCCCGACACCUUCCAGGGCCUGGACCGGCUACAGUCAUUGCACCUGUACCGCUGCCAGCUCAGCAGCCUGCCCGGCAACAUCUUCCGAGGCCUGGUCAGCCUGCAGUACCUCUACCUCCAGGAGAACAGCCUGCUCCACCUUCAGGAUGACCUGUUCGCGGACCUGGCCAACCUGAGCCACCUCUUCCUCCACGGGAACCGCCUGCGGCUGCUCACCGAGCACGUGUUCCGCGGCCUGGGCAGCCUGGACCGGCUGCUGCUGCACGGGAACCGGCUGCAGGGCGUGCACCGCGCGGCCUUCCGCGGCCUCAGCCGCCUCACCAUCCUCUACCUGUUCAACAACAGCCUGGCCUCGCUGCCGGGCGAGGCGCUGGCCGACCUCCCCAGCCUGGAGUUCCUGCGGCUCAACGCCAACCCCUGGGCCUGCGACUGCCGCGCGCGGCCGCUCUGGGCCUGGUUCCAGCGCGCGCGCGUGUCCAGCUCCGACGUGACCUGCGCCGCCCCGCCCGAGCGCCGGGGCCGCGACCUGCGCGCGCUCCGCGAAGCCGACUUCCAGGCCUGCCCGCCCGCCGCGCCCACCCGGCCCGGCGGCCGCGCGCGCGGCGGCGGCGGCAACGGCUCCUCCAACCACCUGUACGGAGUGGGCGGGGCCGAGGCGGGGGGCGGGGCCGAGCCCGGCGCGCCCCCCGCGCACCCCUCCACCCUCUACCGCGACCUGCCGGCCCCCGAGGACGCGCGGGGCCGCCAGGGCGGGGACGCGCCCACCGAGGACGACUACUGGGGGGGCUACGGGGGCGAGGACCGGCGCGGGGAGCAGACGUGCCCCGGGAACGCGUGCCAGGCGCCUGCGAACUCGCGCGGCCCGGCGCUCUGGGCGGGGCUCCGCACCCCUCUGCUCUGCCUCUUGCUCCUGGCGCCCCAUCACCUCUGACCUGUGGCGACUCAAGAGGCCUCGGUUCAAGUCCUCCCACCACCACCACCACCACACCCCUUCUGUUCCCGCGGCGCCUCAGCUCUGCCCACCGCCCCCUGGCCUGCUGCCUUCCUUUCUUAUUUUUGCCCUUCCUCCCCGUCCCCCUCCUCUCCGUCCUCCUCCUCCCCCUCCCCUUCCGGGGACCAGGCUGCAUCCCCUGGCCUUUCCGAUGUAAGGCAGUCCAGAGAGGGUGUGUGGUGGCUCGACCCUAGUCACCCUAACUCUGGCCAUUAACUCCCCUCCCUCAUCCCGAGCUGGGGGGGAGUGGGGCACCCCAGGCAGCCGUCCAGCGCCCCCCUCCCCAUCUCCAGGACCCACAGUGGACUCAAAGGGGCUUUUAUCUGCAGAGCAUUUCCCACCAGCAGAGCCUUUGGAAGCUCCCCCUCCCCCCGAGGGGAGCCCCCAGCCACCCACCCACCUAGGACCCUCCCGGAAGGAUGCUUCCAGCCAGGGGCCGGGCUGACCGUGGGCCUUGCUUAUCCCGGUCCCCCCCUCUGCCUCCCGACACUGGAGGAAUAUUUUUUUUCUCCUAAAGUCUACUCGGGACAUUUUUUUAGGGUGCCUGGAGAGAGAGCGAGAGAGAGCUUUCCUCUCCACCGCGGACCCUGUGUGGUGACGAUCAAAAGUUG